UGUGCUUUCCACCAAAGUCCCAUUCAUGUUCGAACGCGAAAGUCAGUAUACCACAAGAAAAUAACUUAAACUGCAACCUUUCUGCGUAUCCAUGUCUCGCGUUUCUCGUUGUUUCAAUGGGCCUCUAUGGAAUAUAAAGUCUCUCCCUUCUGGGUCUGCUCUCGCACCCGCUCGGACUGUAUCAGCCCAGCGACGUGAUAUUCAUGUGCUAUCAAAGCUGAGGUCACCAAAAUCUCAUGCCGGUAUGUGCCCAAGAUUCUCGCGCUCUCUCUCGUCGGAAAACAUCACAUUCGAGUCGUCACCCGUUCCCUCACAAGAAACUGGACGAUAUUCUCAGGACGAGAGCAAUCGUCUUGCUGAACAUUUGGAUAGCAUAUUUCCUUCUCUCAACUUUCCUCCAGAACUGGCCCAACGGUUAUUGACUCAUGGCAGCCAUAAAGAUGCUGUUCAUGGCCACAAUGGUCGUUUCGGAUUCGUUGGUCGUCGCGUACUGGAGACAUACUUCCUCCUUUUUCUCCAUUCCGUAUCCCGUGCUAAACCUCAUCACGACUAUGAACGCAUCACUUCUCGCGCCCUCAAUACGUAUCUUCUUGGAGAGCAUAUAGCACCAAGAUGGUCACUGGGUCGUACUUUACGCUGGGCACCUACUGUGUCAUCUGAUACUUUGCGUGCAUCAAUAAAAUCGAAGGCGAAGGAAGUAUCAGAUGCAGAAUUAGAUGUUGCGCUGGCAGUAAAUCCCAAAAUCAUGAAGAGCGUAGGGUUAUAUAAGGUUAUGGGAGAUGCGGUACAGGCCGUAAUGGGAGGGAUAUAUCAUCAGUUUGGUGGCUCUGUGGCACAUAAAGUUUUCCAUACUCGCGUGCUUCCUCAUAUCCUUCUUCCGGGAAGAGCAGAGGGAGUACCUGAGGACUUUCAUCUUAAGGCACUUCGAAUUUGUGAGCGCAUGGGUGGUGUUGAUGGGGAACUCUUAGUGCGGACCUCAGCUACCAGCGGUACAGUACAAGAAUUGGAUGUUAUGGAGGCAGAGCGUGACAGUACGGUAGUCAUCUAGAUACUUAUCUAAUAUAGUCUGCUUUCGAAUGCUAA